GUAGUCACGCAAGGACGAUACGACUCGUAUCAGUUUGUGACGAUGUACACCGUCAAGUCUAGCUUGGAUGGAAAUGAUUGGACGGAAGUUGAAUGCGGAAGGAUCUUCCAAGGAAACGGGGAUCAGAACUCGCGUGUGACCAACAAGUUCACUCAGCCAGUCAAAGCUAGAUACAUCCGCAUUUAUGUCUACGAGUGGAGAAAUCAUCCAAGCAUGCGA